AUGAGGAUGAGGAUGGAGGGCGGGGAUGAGAUGCAGGGCGCCUUGGGGCUACGCUGCACCAGGGACAUCACCCCACCCUCUGUCAGCCAGGCCAAGUGGGUGAGGCUCAAUGUGGGAGGCACCGUGUUCCUCACCACCAGGCAGACCCUGUGCCGGGAGCAGAAAUCUUUCCUGUGUCACUUGUGCCAGGGCGAGGAGCUGCAGUCGGACCGGGAUGAGACUGGUGCAUACCUAAUAGACCGGGACCCCACUUACUUUGGACCGAUCCUGAACUUCCUCCGUCAUGGGAAGCUGGUCCUGGAUAAAGAUAUGGCUGAAGAGGGGGUCCUAGAAGAAGCCGAGUUCUAUAACAUUGGUCCUUUAAUCCGAAUAAUCAAGGAUCGACUGGAGGAGAAGCACUACACAGUAACUCAGGUGCCUCCUAAGCAUGUCUACCGUGUGCUACAGUGCCAGGAAGAGGAGCUCACUCAGAUGGUUUCCACUAUGUCGGAUGGAUGGUGCUUUGAUCAGCUUGUGAAUAUUGGCUCAUCCUAUAACUAUAGGAAUGAGGAUCAGACAGAGUUCCUGUGUGUGGUCUCCAAAGAGCUGUACAGCUCCUCCAAUGGCCUGAGCUCUGAGCCCAGCCACAAAGCCAAGAGCACAGAGGAGGACCCGGAGGAGGAAGAGCAGGAGGUGGAGGAGGAGGCGGAGGCAGAAGCCGAAGCAGAGGAGAAAAGGCUCAGAGUGGUCCCUGCCCAGGGCCCUGUCUCUCUCUCCUCACUUUUCCUCCUCUGCAGGUACCGUUACCUGUCUGCACUCUGA